AUGCUCAAGCUCGCCGCUGUUGAGGCUGCUCCAGUCUUCCUCAACAAGACUGCCACCUGCAAAAAAGUGUGCGACCUUAUCCGCAAGGCCGGUCUUCAUGGUGCAGACAUCAUUGGUUUUCCCGAAACCUUCAUUUCCGGAUAUCCGGGCUGGCAUUCCCUAUUGCCCCAAAGUAAUCCCCUUACACAAUCACUCUACUUGCAGCUGUUUGAAUCUGCUGUCGAGGUUCCCGGUCCAGAAGUCAGCGCUAUACAAGAAGCUUGCAAGGAGGCCAACAUCUACGCUGUGGUCGGAAUCACUGAGCGUCGCCCUCACACCACAGGAACAUUGUACAAUACCCAGCUGUUCAUUGGGCGUGAUGGAGCGCUCCUACACAAACAUCAGAAAUACGUUCCCACCGUUGGGGAACGACUGUUAAAUUCGCCUGGCAAUACAGGUAGUCAGUCGUCAGUACAGACGGAUUUUGGGACUUUGAGCGGCCUUAUCUGCGCUGAGAAUGGAAACCCACUUGCACAGUACGCAUUGUCGCUGGAUUACCCUGUCGUACACGUCGCAUCCUGGCCACAGUUUUUCAGUAUUGGGCAGGAGAUGAACGAUGUGAUUCAAAUCGCAGGCAAGGCUGUCGCAUUCUCGGUUGGUACAUUUGUGAUCAAUUCGGUAGGUCUUGUGGGGGAUGAAGAAAUUGAAGCCUAUGGAGUCGACGAGAAGAUUCGGGAGUUUCUGCAGGAUGAGAGAAAGAAACGACGGGCUACAAUCUAUGGACCGGGUGGUUCAGUUGUAGCGGGUCCACUCGAGGACCCGAAUGAGGAGAUUCUGUACGCGGAGGUUGAUGUGAAAGAUGUAAAUGCCGUCAAGUUUGCUUUUGACUAUGCUGGGCACUACAAUAGGCCAGAGAUCUUUUCGCAUCAUUUUAGAAAACACCUUGUUAACCCUAGACAGUAA